CUGCUGGUCCAGGCCUGGGCUUACUCCGCAUGUCCUCUCAGAUGCCAGCCCCUGGCCCUGGGGACCUGCCUGGGGAGGGCGCAGCCAUUGCUGCUGGAGCCAAUGGCAGGGCCGUGCCCCCACAUCCGGCUGUGCUUGGCCACCCCUACCUGUGGUCAAGGCCACUUCUGCUUCUGGCUGAUGCUUCCCUCCUGCUGGGACGUGCUGCACUGGCUCCAGCAGCCCUAGAGUUGCUCUGUGCAACACUCUCAGGAUGGGCGAGAGCAUAACGUACGCUGAGCUGUGGUUUUCCAAUGCCCCCCCGGAACAAAGUGUGACAUGCAGGGCACAAGGGACAGCCCCACCAGCCCCAGAUGAGGCCAAGGACAUCUAUGAGACCCUUCAGCUGGGCCCGGUGACUGAGGGGCCAGUCGGGCCUGGGACCCAGCGGUGCAGAGGUGAGUGCAAGGGCAUCCUGCCCUGCCCUGCCCAGGGCUCCCCAACAGGGAUGGAGAGAGCUCCCAGGGGUGCCAGAGGUGUGGCGGCCUGUGGGUGCUGGGGCUGGUCCCACGGCCCCUUGUUUCUUGCAGAGCAUCGGUGGAGCGCGCGUCCCCUGCUCCUGGUCCUGUUGGCAGCCUGCCUGGCCCUGCUGGCCACCACCAUCGCCCUGGGGGUCUGCUAUUGGCAGCAAGGGCAGCAGCUGAGGCAGGUGCGAGAGGAGAUGGUGAAGUGUCAGAAGGAUGCCCAGGUCUUUCAGAAGCACCUGAACACGCUUGCAAGAGCCCUGGCCCACGUGCAAGCCUGCCAGGUCACAGACUGCUGCCCAGAGACCUGGGUGCUGCAGUGCGGGAAGUGCCUGUUCCUCUCCAAAGAGAAGAAGACGUGGUGGGAAAGUCUAGCAGCUUGUGCAGGGGAAUCCUCCCGGCUCCUUGUCUUCCAGGACUGGGACCACAUGGCUAUGCUGACAUUUCCUGCUCACAAAGAUGCCCCGCACUGGAUUGGACUCAGAUUCAGACGGGACUCCAAGUCACACACGCAGCAGUGGCACUGGGAGGACGGCACCCUGUACAACUCGUCUGGGAUCGAGACACCUCGUGGUCGUUUUGGAACAAUAAAAGGGAGCAGAAUAGAGACAAAAGGCCGGCUUACUGACAAGCACUACUGGGUCUGUGAGAAGCUGUCAGCUGCCCCCACGAAGCCAACCCCAGGGCAUGAAUGCAGGGAUGCUUCUGUCAGGACGCUCCAAGGACCGGUGCCAGCACGAUCCCUCCCAGCACCAAGGGCUCAGCACUCCCCAAACCAUCCAGCAGACAGGCCCUAGCAGGGCAUUAGGGGAUGUGACUGGGAUCUCCAAGCUACGCCAGACCCCUGAUGCAGCCAGACAAGGCAGCGCCUCUGACCUGCCCCCAGCACAAUUGUGAGUGCGGGGGGCUCAGGGUCCCCCUCCUUUCCCAGCAGCGGGCUCAGCAGAGCAGUGAUGCACCACAUGCACGUGUGGGCUCCAGCUCUGCGGGUCGCAGCUCCAGCUCUCCUUCUUAUCUGCUCCAUGUGGCAUGGCCACUGCCCCGGUCUGGGCCCAUGGGCUGUACGCAUGAUGCCCAUGCACAGACCCGGGCAGUGGGGCUGGAGGGAACCUCCCACCCUGCAGUGUCUGCACCCUGCAUCCUUCUCCUCCGGGCAACCCUGCACCAACCCCACCUUCCUCUGGCUGCAGCCCCCUCCCCACAGCAGCCCACACUGCCUCAGAGCCAGCAGACAGAGCCCUGUUCCCUGAUCCUGGCCGCUCUCCCUCUCACACACACCCAGCCAGGGCAGGAGGGGCUCCUGCAGGCAGCCAGGGAGUCCUGGCAGCCCCAGGGUCACUACCGACAUGGGGCCA